AUGUUGCCCAUAUGUCUAUAUUUUCUAUUAGCAGUUGUUGAAGCAGGUAUGUACCGGCAAAAUCGCUGCUACAGCUGCAUGUCACCAAUGUAUGAAGAAUUCUUUAAGAAUGGCUUGGACAGGUAUUUCACUCCGCCCAAGAAUUUUUCUCAUCAGUGUGAUGAGCCGAUGAAUCCCGAAUCAAUGCAUUUGGUGUCAUGUCGGACGAUAUGCUUGACUGUACAGCAGGACCUUUAUGUGAUGGGUCAACCAACCGGCAAGCGGUUGUUUAUGCGUGGAUGUGCCCUUACGAUGGCUAGGAGGGGACUCAACAACCAUACGCUUAGCAUGUUCGAUCGAUAUGACAUUUGCAGGGAGAUGUCAGCAGCGGAUCUCUUUCGACACGAUCGGGCCGAUUCACAACGCGUACGCGUCUGCAGUUGCCUUGGUGAUCGCUGCAAUGGUUCAUUGUCUGGCAGUCGACAGCCAGACACAGUGGUGCUACUCGUCCUGCUGCUCACCUUAUUAUUGAUACGGUAG